CACGAGGCUUGAGUGCUUUUCUUGUAUUAUAUUUUUCUUGCUCGGAUUGCAUCAUGCUCUGUCGUUAAUUAAUUACAUCUUUCAAAAGCACACCGGCCAAACACAAUUGCAUAUCCUCUCCGCUCCUCCUUACCCGCAAACCGCGAUGCCGUCACACCUCACCCGCGUCGUUUUUCGGAGGCUGCUAUCCAACAAGCCUAUUACAUAUCGAGGAUGUCUUCACAGGUCUACAAGACCAUGCAUACCAGCCGACAAUGGCCUCCAGGCCUUCCCCCAAUCUCACAGACGGAGUCUCUUCGGUUUUUCGUUUUCACCUCCGCGGGAACCCAGGGCUCCAGACUUUACACCAGGGCAAAAACCAUUGAUGAAAUUGGCAAAAAUGGACCAGAUAGCGGCACGGCCGCCAUCGCCGAAGGAGAUUGCGGAUGCAUUCCGCCAGUUUUUUGACGCGAAGUUGAACUCGAAACAACCGGUGGAAGAUGUGCAUGUUACGUUAGCUUUGAGAGCUCUAGAAUAUCUGAAAGAUCAGCAAGAGGCGGAUAUGCCCCCGUGGCUAAGUGCGGAAAGCUUGAGGAGAGCUCUAUGGGCUUUACAGCGUCGUCCGGACAGACCUGCCAAUGCGAUGCUGCAAUUAGCAAAAGAGCUUCACGAACGAAUAAAAGCAGCUCGAGAUGCCGAGGACGGUGCAGAACAAGAGUUUGAUGAAGAUUUUGCCUACGUUACAAUUCUGAGUCAAAAUAAUCGGACAAUUGAGGCACGAGAUAUGUUGUUAAAACAUACAUUGCCUGGUGGCCAGCCGGCUCAAAUAAGAAAUUGGGAAAAGGUUCUCCAGGGUUUUCAGCGCGAUGGCAACGAGCUACAGUUUCUGAAGACCUUAUCGAUUAUUAAAAACCAAUCGAUACCUUUCACGGAUAUAUUGCACAAUCGCACGGUCCAGUUUUACAGUGCACGGAACGACCUCACAAAGACCAAGAAAUGGUACUCCGAGCCUGUAGCCGAAGGACGACUUAUUUUGCCAUCUGCUCACUCAGCUAUGCUGAUGUGCUGUGCCGCAAACAACGAUUUGAGCUUUGGCCAAAAGAUAGUGGCGUACUUGCUGGAAGUUCCGCCAAAGAAAGAGAUUUGGGAUGUCAUUUUCUUAUGGUCAAUGGCUACUGGGAAGGGUGUUGACGAGGUGGGCCGUAUGAUGCAAGUCAUGAAGCGCCGAAACGAAAGCGAGAAGAUUCAUGAGGGUCCGGAUAUCGAAACGAUUAAUCGACUAGUCGAAUACACAAUGCUACGAAAUGACCCAUAUACGGCCGAGAGAUGUAUCCACCUUGGCGAGAAAUGGGGUAUAUUUCCGAAUGCAAAAACUUUCAUAAUGCAGAUGGAGUACCGGUUGUCAGUCAACGACAUCGAUGGCUCGAGAGCCGCCUUUUUCGGAUUACAAGGACAGGAGGCCAUUGAUAAUGAGGAAAUCCCAGCCAUCAACAAGCUCAUACAAGCGAUGUGCAGAGCAGGCCGAUACGACUUCGACGCCAUCAUGGGCGUAGUCGACGACCUUGGCGACCGCAAGGCUCAAUUCGAGCCAGAAACCAUCUGCGAGCUCUGUCUCCUUCAUCUCAAACGCGAAGAAUUCGACGAUGCUAAAGACCUCCUCCAAACCCACUCCUACCACUACUCCUCACAACAACGAAUCCAAGUCCGCGACGUCUUCAUCAACUUCUGCCUCGACCGCAAAAACAGCCUCGCCUCCGUCUGGGACACCUACCAAAUCUUCCGCUCCAUCUUCCAAGAAACCCCUCGCGAGGUCCGUACACCCCUCAUGAAGGAGUUCUUUGCCCGCGAGCGCGCCGACAUGGCGUGCCACGUCUUCUUCCACAUGAAGAACUCGACCGAUCCCGCCGUCAUCCCCAACGCCGACACCUACGUCGCCAUGUUCACCGGCAUCGCCCGCGUCGCCGACGAGGAGAGCCUCGAGCUCGUCCAUAACCAGAUGAAGCUGGACGUCGAAAUUGAACCAAACACCCGCAUCCUCACGUCGCUAAUGGCGGCGUACGCGGCGACGAACCGCCCCGUUCGCGCAAUGGAGUUCUGGCGCGAUAUCACGCAGUCCAAGGAAGGGCCGUCGUACGCUAGUAUUGUGGUCGCGUUUCGCGCGUGCGAGAUCAUGCCUUUUGGCGACCGGCAUGCUAAGCCGCUCUGGUCCAGUCUGAGGCGCAUGGAUGUCGAGGUCGAUCAGGAGGUGUUUGCUGCAUACGUAGGCGCGUUGGCUGGGAACGGGCUUUAUGAUGAGGCGGAGAAGACGGUCUUGAGUGCCGAGGAGACGUUUGGGUUUACGCCGAAUUUGCUCAUCCUUGGCUCCUUCUACAACGCUACUCGGAACGAUUUCGUGCAGGAGCGCAUAGAGGCGUUUAUUAAAGAUAAUUACCCGGAUAUCUGGCCGAGGCUGGAGGCGCUGGGGAGCUUUAUAACGGAUGAGGGGUUCGGGUAUAAGCAGUUUAAGCUUAACCGGGAUGUGAAUCUUUGAGAGGAGCUGGUUGUAAGUAGGGCAUGAAGGAUGGAGUGGAUAUAAGCUGCUUUUGUCGUUUAAGAUUUACGUGGAUGUAUCUUCCAGCAAGACUGAAACGCAACGACGGCUCCCCAUGUAUGAAGAACUGUACAUUUGUGAGCAAUACGAAGAGUUACCAGAAGCUUCUCCAAAUUCAUCUAUAGUAUUGUUUCUACAUUCUAGAAUCGAAGUGACUUGACGUUUCAACCGUCCCACAACAGCCUCGCAGCAAUAUCAGGCACAUUUCAAAUUACAAACCUACAGUAGCAGUAACCGCUACUCUGUGCUUUUUAGAAACAACAGAUGUUCUACAAGUGACAUCUCCUCUCGAUCUUUUACCUCCCC